AUGGUUUAUUAUACAAGAUUAUUUUUCCGCAUAAAAUAUAAAGUAGAUGAAGAUGAAAAAGUAUAUGUUAUUGGGAAUAUAUUAGAAUUAGGACAAUGGGAUCCUUAUAAAGCAAUAGAAAUGGUACCUUUUGAUGAAGAUAAUAUUUACAAUUUAUUUUAUACAAUAAAUCCUAUAUAUGUAAAAUUAAAAGAAGAAAUAGAAUAUAAUUACAUAAAAAUAAAUAGUAAAAAUGAAGUAAUUUGGUGUGAAAAGAAAAAUAAAACUAUUACUGCUACUGGAUAUGAUAUGUUCAUUGAAGAUGAUGAAGGAUUAUAUCGAUCAUUGCAUAAUUCUUUUAAUACAAUUGAUCAUAAUAUAUUAAAACAUGAAGAUAAUUUAGAGAAGAAGUUAAAAUUAAUUCAUGAUUUAGGUAGUAAACAUAAAUUAGACGAACAUUCUAGAAUUUUUAUGUGUUUUUUCAAAUUACCAUUGCUUGUGAAAAUAGAAGAUGAAGAAAUAAUUUUAGAAAAGAAUAAAAAUUCCAUGUUAUCCAUACUAUUUGAGCAAAAAAGCAAAAUAAGUGAAAAGUUAUUUUUUAUUGGAUAUCCUGGUAUAUAUGUAGAAUGUGAAGAAUUAAAAAAAAAAAUAAUAGAAAGAUUAGACAAAGAAAAUUGUAUUCCUAUAUUCUUACCAAAAAAAGAAACAAAAAAGUUUAAUAAAUAUUGUGGAGAAAAUUUACUAUUUUUAUUUCAUAAUAUUUUUGAUAUUUAUAAACAAGAAUCGUUUGAUACUGAAGGAUGGCAAAAUUAUAAACUCAUAAAUAAAAUAUUUUAUGAUUCAAUGAUAAAAUAUGUAGAAACUUCUGAUUAUGUUUGGAUAAAUAGUUAUCAAUUAUUAUUACUACCCAGUUAUUUAUCUAAAAAAAGUUAUAAAAUACCAACUGCAUUUUUUUUUCAUAUUCCUUUUCCAUCUUCAGAAAUAUACCGAUUAUUACCACAAAGAGAAGAAAUUUUAAGGUCAUUAUUGUCUUGUGAUUUGAUUGGUUUCAAUACAUUCGAAUAUGCUAGACAUUUUUUAGUUAGCUCAAAAAGAUUAUUAAAUUUGGAUUUCUAUUUCAAAUUAGGAGGAGUAUUAACAAUAACAUACUGCCAUAGAGAUAUAGUUGUUAAAAUAUUACACGAACAAAUUGAACCAUCUAUAAUAACUAACCUUUUAAAUAAUUCAAAUGACGUCGAUAAAAAUAUUAAAUUACUUAAAGAUAUUACUGAUAAGAAAUAUACAUUUGGGUGUUAUGAGAGAGGAAAUAUAUUUAAUGGUUUACUUUUUAAAAUUAAAGCUUUUAAUUAUUUUUUAGAAAAUUAUGAAUAUGCUAGAGGAAAUGUUAUAUUAGUUCAAUAUAUUUCUGCUAAUUCUUUAAGAUCUCCUAAAACUGAUUUGAUUUUUAAAGAAGUACAAGACUUAGUCAAUGAGAUAAAUAAAAAAUAUCAUACCUAUUUAAAAAAUAAGAAAACAAAUUUUAAUGAUAAAGGAAACUUUUUAAACGAAAAUGAUGAUGAACUAGAUAUAAACAGUAAUAGUAAUUAUAGUUUUUGUAAUAAUAUUAGUACUUAUAAUGAUGAUGUUACUAUUGGUAGUUAUAAAGAUUAUAUCAUAAAUAAUUGUAAUGAAUUAAUUAAUAAUACUGCUAAUAAUAAUACUGCUAGUAAUAAUGCUAGUAAUAAUGCUAGUAAUAAUGCUUGUAAUACUGCUAAUAAUACUUCUAAUAAUUCUAAAUGCUUAGAAAAUAUGAAACGUCUAAAUGAAGAUGGAAAUUUUCAUUUUUGUGCGGAAAAUAUUCCUGAUGAAUUAAAUAAGAAAACUUUAAAAAAAUGUAAUACAAAAAGUAGUGACGAUUUGAAGAAAUUAGAUGAAGAGAAAAUAUAUUUAGAGAAAAAAAAUUAUAAGAGGAAAGGCAUAAUUUUUAAUUGUAAAAAUAUUUAUUUUAAUAAUAAAAAAAAACAUUUUAGUUUAUACAAAAUGUUAAAUUCAAAGGAUUCAAAUUAUACACAUAAUUGUUUUAUAACUCAUUUAAAAUUUAAUAUUAGUAAUAAAGAGAAAUAUAAAUGUAGUAAUAACAAUAAAAAAUAUAAUGAGGAAGAAAAUAAAAAAUGGGAUUUAAAUGAUGAUGAAAAACAUAUUAUUUUAAAAAUAAGUGAAUUAAACUUGGAAUCAAAAUAUUUCUUAUUUCAAUGUUUUGAUUGUUUUUUAGAUACCUCUAUUAGAGACAAUUUUAAUUUAAAUCCUUUUGAAUAUAUUGUAUGUAAACAGUAUAGUAACAAUGCUAAUGAUAAUAAUAUUAAUAAAAAAAAGAAGAAUCUUAUCCUAUCUGAAAUGAGUAGUUGUAGUUCUAUAUUAUCAUCUCCAAUUAGAAUAAAUCCAUGGAAUAUAGAAAAAGUUGCAGAAGCAAUGGAUCAGGUAAUCAAUUUUAAUAAAAAUAAAAGAAAACAAUUUAAAAUUGAUGCUUUAUAUGUAGAAAAAUUAAGUACAACUAAGUGGUGUUUAGGGUUCUUAAGCGAAUUAAAAAAUUGUAGAAAGGAAGAUAAUAAAUUAUAUGUUUCUUGGGGAUUUGGAAAUACACAAAGGUUACUUGAAUUUGAUAGAAACUUUAAAUAUUUGAAUACAAACUUGGUGAUACAUAAUUUUAAAAAAUCAAAAAAAAGAUUAAUUUUAUUAGAUUGUGAAGGGACUUUAUUACCGGAUUACAGAAAUGUUCAUCUAUUUGGAGAAGAGUUAAGUGCUAUAGGAAUACCACCAAGUGAAGACAUAAUUAAAUGUCUUAAUCAAAUUAUUGAAGAUAAAAAUAAUACAGUUAUUGUAUUAUCAGGUAGAGAUAAAAAUAUAUUGGACUCAUGGUUUAAAGGUGUCCCAAAAAUUAAUUUAUGUGCAGAACUUGGAUUUUAUUACAAAAAUUAUGAAAUUACAGGAGGAAAUUGGAGACAAACAUUGAAACAGAAUGAUUUUACUUGGAAAAUAAUUGUCUCAAAAUUAAUGAAAGAAUAUGCAAAAAGAACUCAAGGAGCCAUUAUAUGUAAUAAAGGAAGCUCUUUAGUAUUUCAAUACAGAAAUGCUGAUCCUCACUUCGGUAGUAUGCAAGCGAAAGAAUUGCACACUUAUUUAAAAGACUUUUUAAUUGGUUAUCCUGUUAGUAUUGUUAAUGGAAAAGGUUAUUUAGAGGUGAAAUUAAAUAAUAUAGAUAAAGGGAAAAUUGUAAUUCAUAUAUUAAGUCUUUAUGAAUAUCUUGGAUACACAUUUGAUAGUAUUUUAUGUAUUGGAGAUGAUAUAUCCGAUGAAGAUAUGUUUAGAGCUUUAAAAUCAUGGAAAAAAAAUUUACAGGAAGGAGAAAAAAAUUCUGAAUCGGAAAACAAUAAAAAUGUUCAAAAAAGUAAUCCAUCAUUAUUUACUUGUACUGUUGGAAUGAAACCUUCAGAUGCACAGUAUUAUUUAAAUGAUACAGAAGAGGUUUAUGAUUUAUUAAAAAAUUUAGCUAGCUUAUAA